AUGUACUCUCCGAGCGUCGGGGACAGGCUCGAAAGCCUUGACACGCCGUCUAUGAUCGUUGACCUCGACCUAAUGGAGGGCAACAUCACGCAGCUGUUCAACACCCUCCAGCCAACAAACUGCAACAUUCGGCCGCAUCUGAAGACAACAAAAAGCGUCAUUCUUGCACGCAAGCUGGAAGCCGCCGGAGCAAAAGGUUGCUGCGUUGCCAAGGUGUCUGAGGCGGAAAUCGUGGCCGCCGCGGGAUUCGACGAUAUCCUGAUCACUUGCGAGAUCAUUGGCAAGCCUAAAGUGAAGAGGCUGGUUGAGAUGUUUCAGACGCACAGGAACAUCAGGAUUGUGGUGGACUGUGAGACUGGUGCUGCCGCGAUUAAUGACGAGCUCGCCCAGUCUGGCGUGUCGGAACCCAUCUCCGUGUUGAUCGACUUGGAUGUGGGACUCGGACGCACAGGCGCUGCUGCUGGGAACCCGGCUCUUACCCUCGCCAAGUAUCUCGCUACACUCCCUUAUAUGCGCUUAAUCGGGAUCCAGGGGUAUGAGGGUCACCUGCAGCACCUUCACGACCGCCAUGACCGCAAGGACCGGUGUUUACAGUCUAUGAAGACCCUAGUCGAUACUGCGGAGAUGCUGCGAAAGGAGAACUUCAAUAUCGAAGUAGUGACCACAGGGGGAACCGGCACUGCUGAGUUCUGUGCUACGGUGCCUGGUGUGACCGAACUGCAACCCGGAUCGUUUAUUUUCAUGGAUACGGAUUACCGCAACGCUGUCGGACCCUUCUAUUCGAACAGCUUGACUCUACUAUCUACAGUCAUCAGCAAGCAAGGUGACCGACGAGUGACCAUCGACGCCGGCCUGAAGUCCCUGACGACCGACAGCGGCUUGGCCGAAUGCAAGGACCCCAGGUAUAAACACCAGAACAUGGGAGACGAGCACGGCUCGCUGAGCUGGGAAGAUGGUGUGCCUAACUUGGAGAUUGGCGACCGGGUCGAGAUGAUUCCUAGCCAUAUUGACCCAACCAUUAACCUGCAUGACUUUUACUAUGCGCAUCGAAAGGGAAUCAUUGAGGAAAUCUGGUCCGUUGACACCAGGGGCAAAGUUCAAUAG